AUGGGACCGAGGGGCAGAGCGAGGCUGAGCUUGGAAGGGGAGGGAGAGACGAUCGGGAUCGCCGAUGCGCAUACCGAUCCGGAUAGAGGCCGUGGUGAGGCCGGGAAUUUCGCGCCACCGUUUACCGGCAAGCGAAGGGAGCCGUACCGGACUUGGACUCGGCCUCGAUGCUCGCUCGACCCCACACUUGGUUUCUCGCAAUCCACUCCUCACCCCUUUCCCUCCUCCAUCGCACCACUCUUUUACCUCACAAUGUCGUUCCCACAGCCAUACCGCGGCUUUGCUGAGGCCAAGUACCACAAGCUCACGCUCGCCGCCGAAGGCGUGCUUCUGCUCUCGUUCAACCGCCCGCCCGUCAACGCGUGGAUCGAUCCCAAAUGGCGUGAGCUCGCGGCGAUCCUGCGCACGGUGCGCGACGAUCCGGACGUCGCAUCGAUCGUCGUCGCCGGCGAAGGACGAUGCUUCACUGCAGGCCUGGAUCUGAAUGAGCAGAGUCUGGGCUCGGUGAUUGCCGAGCUGCCCGAUGGCGCGCGAAAGGCGAUUGCGAUGCGCCGCCACAUCGCCGACUUCCAGGACGCCAUCUCGUGGUUCGAGCACGUCGAGAAGCCCGUCAUCGCAGCUGCGCACGGCGUCGCUUUUGGUCUGGCUAUCGACAUCAUGUCUGCCUGCGAUAUUCGUUAUGCCACCAAGGAUACGCGCUUCAGCAUCAAGGAGGUCGACGCCGGUCUGGCUGCGGACAUCGGAACGCUGCAGCGCUUCCCCAAGAUUGUGGGCAACGACUCGCUCGCAAGAGAGCUGUGCUACACCGCGAGGGAGUUCGACGCCAAAGAGGCACGCGAGAUCGGAUUCCUCAGCAAGGUCGUCGACGGCGGCAGGGAUCAGGUCGUCGCCGAGGCGGUCAAGACAGCUGCACUCAUCGCUUCCAAGGCACCCGUAGCCGUGCGCGGCACCAAGAUCUACCUCCUCCACAGCCGCGACCACAGCGUGGAAGAGGGCCUCAAGUACGUCACGGCGCUCAACUCGGCGCUGCUACAGUCGGACGACAUGCCCAUGGCCAUGCUUGCCGUCAUGCAGAAACAGACGCCCAAGUUCUCCAAGCUGUGA